GUCUCCUCUCCGCCACAGCCAACGGUAGCUUACCAAACGUCCCAAUGCGAUGAACCGGGAAUGUAACGACCAUGGCUAACCUACGGAUUUCGUUAGCCGCCGCGGUCAUCCAGGCUGUGCUGUUCACAGACUCCGAGGCACUUUGGUGUAACUGCACCACCGCCCAGUGUGAGAAGACUGGUUCCCAGUGUGAGACCGAUGGGGCCUGCAUGGCCUCCACCUCCUUCAUUGAGGGUCAAGAACAGCACAUCCGCAUCUGCAUCACGCGGGACGACCUUGUGCCCCCUGGACAGCCCUUCUACUGCCGCAGUGCGGAAGGCUUGCUCAACAUCCACUGCUGCUACACUAACUACUGCAACAGCAUUGACCUCAAAGUACCGUCAGGACGAGAGGGAGGUGACAGUUCAGGUGGGACAUGGGGCCUGGUGGAACUAGUCGCUGUGAUUGCAGGGCCGCUGUUCCUGCUGUGUCUGCUGCUGUUGGUGGGCAUGUUCCUGUAUCAGUACCACCAGAGGGCCUACAACCACAGGCAGAGGCUGGAGGUGGAGGACCCCUCCUGUGACCACCUUUACAUGGCCAAAGACAGGACCCUGCAAGACCUGAUUUACGAUCUGUCCACAUCUGGUUCAGGCUCAGGUCUGCCUCUGUUUGUCCAACGGACCGUGGCCAGAACUAUUGUCCUGCAGGAAAUCAUUGGAAAGGGGCGUUUCGGGGAGGUGUGGCGAGGACGCUGGAGGGGUGGCGAUGUGGCGGUGAAGAUCUUCUCAUCCAGAGAAGAACGCUCCUGGUUCCGUGAAGCUGAGAUCUAUCAGACUAUCAUGCUCCGCCAUGAGAACAUCCUGGGCUUUAUAGCUGCUGACAAUAAAGAUAAUGGCACAUGGACCCAGCUGUGGUUGGUCUCAGACUUCCAUGAGCAUGGCUCUCUGUUUGACUAUCUGAACCGCUACUCUGUCACCACUGAAGGAAUGAUCAAACUGGCGCUCUCAGCUGCCAGCGGCCUUGCACAUCUGCACAUGGAAAUACUUGGAACACAAGGAAAGCCAGGCAUCGCCCACAGAGACCUGAAGUCCAAGAACAUCCUCGUGAAGAAGAACUGCACCUGUGCUAUUGCCGACCUGGGUCUGGCUGUCCGCCAUGAGUCUGCCACCGACACAAUCGACAUAGCCCCCAACCAAAGGGUGGGCACCAAGAGGUACAUGGCUCCAGAGGUUCUUGAUGAGACCAUCAACAUGAGACACUUUGACUCGUUCAAAUGUGCUGACAUCUACGCUUUGGGGCUGGUCUACUGGGAGAUUGCACGUCGCUGUAACAGUGGAGGUAUCCAUGAAGAAUACCAGCUGCCCUACUACGACCUGGUACCUCCUGACCCGUCCAUAGAGGAGAUGAGGAAAGUGGUGUGUGACCAAAAGCUACGACCCAACAUCCCAAAUUGGUGGCAGAGCUAUGAGGCUUUGCGGGUCAUGGGUAAAAUCAUGAGGGAAUGUUGGUACGCUAACGGAGCUGCCCGCCUCACAGCCCUGCGAGUCAAGAAGACCUUGUCCCAGCUCAGCAUUCAAGAGGACAUAAAAGUCUGAGUGAGGUCAGCAGAGCACUGAGCAGGGCCCGACUCCAGACAGGCAGAGGAAGGGUUCGGGCCCUUCGACGAAGAAUGCACAAAGUAAGAGCAUAUGAUGGAGAGUGGCACUUUGUAAAAUAUUAGUCCAUAGACACUCCUGCCAGUUUUGAAGCCACUUGAUUUCUGACAAACCCUACCUCGCCUACCCAGCCAAACUACCAAGAACACCUUCCCUGUCUUGUCCUCAGCUACUGCUGCCCCACCCGAACAUUUCUGUUCCACUCGCUACACUCCAUACUAACAAGGAUCCUUGGGUUUCCUGUGUAAUUGUAUGCAAUCAAAAGCAGGAUUAUGUAAUUAACAGGUUAAUAUUUUAAAAAUCAGUUGCUGAUAUUUUAUAAUAUCUUUGAUCCGUUUUGCUCGAUUGUUAAGGAUCAGCAACUGCUCGUGUUGUCUUUGCAAGGGGGGUUAGGGGUGUUUUUAACUUAUUUUUACUUAUUCUGUUAUUUAAAUGACUAGAUCUAAUAUAUGGGUGUUUUUGUGAGUCUACUGUGCAGGUUUCUCUAUGCCACACCUACAGCACAUGUCAAACGGCUUAUAAAUCAUUGAACAAGAUAUAAUCCAUCUGGUUCUGCGACAGCGUCGUGGUUAAGUUCAACGCAGAUCACCAAGUACAGAGCAGAGUUUGUAAAGAUGUAACCCUUUGACUGUCACUUAAGUCUUCAACGUCACCGGCGCAUUAGGGCACCUAAAGCUGGGCUCAGACAGCAGGAAUUUUGUUCCUCCCCCAUAUGAGGGAUUCACAGGGACAUUUUUAAAACCUCCUGAACUGCCCGCAGAAUCAUCGGGGCGGCCCUGAUAACAGAUAGGUGACAGAGUAAGUUGUCUAACGUCUAAUGCCUCCAUUGCUUUUGUUUUGUUUGCACCUUCUUCCUCAUGCGAUUGCGUCAGUGACAUAAGGUGGUGCGUCGCUCCCUCUUAAUAAUCUCAAUAAUAUCUUGUAGUGUCUUCGUUAUGCAACCUGACUUCAAAAUCAUGUAGUCUGAGACCAGCUUUACAAAACAGGAUUUAGCCUUUUACCACUAACUGUCGUGAACCUCAGGUUGUCUCCAUACUUACCAAUCAACAUGCUUUUCUUUUCAGUAUAAAACUAGCGUAAGUAAAACAGACAGUGAGGGACAUUGUUAAAUGAAAGUGAAUUUCACUAGGAUGGAGGAUUCCACUUGUAGAGCAACAGCUACAUGUGGUCUGAUACUGUAGCUUUUUUUUGUCAAACUUCUCAGCUGACUCCCUCGCUGGCUUCAGAUCUGGACAUUACUGAUGCAAAACACUACAUGCAGCAUGUUGCACAGUGGUAUAUGUGUGUUUAUAUAAUAGUGUCCUAUUCUGAAUGCAGCUGCUGUCUCUCAAUCAACCCCCAUAGAGCAUAGCCUGCCAAGAGUGUGUACACUGGCUCCAGUCCCUCAGAUAAGCUCGUACACACAGAUAAACCUUUGCAGCUGCCAAUACAACUAACACUGUACAUGAAACGCAAGGCAGAAUUGUGUUGUUGUUAAAAACACUAACUGCAGGAAUCUCAAUUAUAGUUUUCUUGUUGUUUUUUUUUCAUAAUGUCAAAGCAUGUUCAGUGUUCUUUUGCCCUCAGGGCUCCUUUACCCUGGCCAAGUAUAACUACUGCACAUAAACUAGCUUUUUCAGGUAAUACUUGUGUAUAUAUGAGACUGUGAUUGGUUCUUAGGGCAUGUUUUAAUGGUUCAAUCUCUCAUACCAGCUUUUUUUUUGUUGGUGGGAAGAAAAUCAAAGACUUUUCUGUUUCAAACAGAAUGAUGUACCCGUCUACUUUCUGACCUCUGAAGUAACGUCACUGUAUUUCUGUCAGACACACUGCUUAUGUUGACGUUUUAUUUUAGCUCUCUAUUACUGCGGAGAAAUAUUUGAUUUUGAAUCAAUGAUUCCCCUCGAGGCUCCUCGUGUUCACCAUGCAUUACCUCCUCAAUGUGCAAUGUGUUUCCUUUGUGCUAACACUGUCAGAAAACAGUCUACUUUUGUUUUUGUUUUCAGGAAAUAGGUGCACUUUUUUCUUUAGUUGUAUGGAAAUUCAACAGGUACUGUGUGUAGUCUUUACUAUGUUAUUUGUGUGUAGGCUGUGAGUCCCUAUGAAAACCCGAAAGGCCACAUGUGGACUACUACUGACCUCACAGCAUUAAAACCAAAUUAUUCUCAGAAUCAUCUCUGGAUCGCGGACUUGUGUUUAUUUAAGAUCACGCCACUGAAAGUGAGAAUGUUUACACAAACGACAGCAAUCAGUUGCAGUACACUCCAGAGAGCAUCAUGAAGAAACUGAACUCUACUGAAAUGACUCGAUGCUGUCUCAAAUGUGUUUGACCAGUUCUUUUUCAUUUAGAAUCCCUUGCUCACCUGCACUGUGUUGUUUAAGUCUUAGGGGAUUUUAGCAAGAAGAGACAGGCUGCACUUGAUGCCGUUUGUUUUUAGCUGGCCAGACUGGUAAGCUCUGCUGUUUAAUAUGUGGUUCAAUGUCAUCCAUAUUUAUACACUUAAUUGGUAUGUUUGUCAAAUUGUAUCUGCCUUAUGUUUAAAAAAGUAGGGUGUGAGUUUAAGAAAUUGGAUAUUAAAGUACAAGUUGUGUAAACUUCCAUGUCUCUGUCAAGUUCUGGCAACGGGACAACUGCAUCCAUGUACAAACUCCUUCAGGACUUCAAUCAUGUAUCUUCUAAUAUAGAGUAAUAAAUACAAUUGUUUUCC